AAGUAGGAAAACGUUUAUAUAAAGCCCCUUUAACUAGUUUCAUAAAAUGACCAACCUGGCUGCCUAUCAUAUAUUGUUCCCCAUCAUCUCGAAAUUUAAAAAUGAUUGGUUUUUCAUUUUUUACAAUGACCGCCUUUCCAAUCUCGUCCGCCAUGUUGAAUCAAUGAAAUGAAAGGAGCGAACAUGGCGGAAAAGGGAAUUUUUAAAAAUGAUCUUCCAACUUGUCUUGUUUGUGUUUGAAAGUUUUGGUCAGAUAAGUACGCUACUAUUCUUCAACUUUUGAAUACAGAAAUCAGUUUCCUUCGCAAGAAACUGAAAUUCUUAAAAUUUUUAGAAAAUAAAAUGCGCGCGUGUGCCACGAUAAUUAGUGAUGUCAUUAAAUAAACAUUGUAAUGCUGUAUAAACGAAUUCAUCAAAGAAACUUUACGAAAUUUAAAAAAAACUAUGGAGGAUGCUGGGUGAUCUGUGGUGUUGCAUCGACUUCAUGAGUGGAAAGUCGAAAAACAAAUCUAUGAGUUUCUCGGACAUUUCUUCCGAGAAACCACCAAUCACGAUCGAGGAAAUUGACUGCGAGAGAAGAGGAUACAAAUUGACUCAUAGAACAUUAGGCACUGGAGCGUAUGCCAAAGUAAAACUUGCUUAUGUUUCUCAAAACAAGAAAGCCAAACAUUCUUAUUUAAGAUCGGAUUUAGAUAGUAAAGAUGACAAUAGGGUUGCGAUCAAAAUAAUAUCGAAAAAGAAUGCACCAGCUGAAUAUUUGGAGAAAUUUAUGCCACGCGAAAUAGAUGCUUUGAAUGCUACUUGUCGACAUCGUAAUGUGAUUACAUUGUACGAGACUUUUCGUUCGGAAACGAAGAUUUAUUUAGUUAUGGAGUAUGCUGUGAAAGGAGACUUGCUUGAGUUUAUUAAUUCAAAGACAAGAAAAGGAGAACCAUUGACUGAAGAAAAAGCAAAAUUUUUGUUUCGUCAACUUGUUUUAGGGAUAGCGCAUUGUCAUCAAAGAAACGUUGUUCAUCGCGAUUUAAAAUGUGAAAACGUUUUACUUGACGAAAAAGAUUUGAUUAAAGUUACUGAUUUUGGAUUCGCCACAAGAUAUCCAACGAGUAAAUGUAAAUUCCUCGACACUUUCUGUGGCAGUUACGCUUACGCUGCCCCCGAAAUACUCUCUGCUAGUAAAUAUGAUGGUAAAUUGGCAGAUAUAUGGAGUUUAGGAGUAAUUUUAUUUGCAAUGACAUGCGGUCGACUACCAUAUAACGAUAAGAGUUUAAAACAUCUAAUUGAACAAACGAAAAAAAAAGUGGCAUUUCCUGAAAAACUCAAUUUAUCGCUAGAACUUCGAGACUUGAUUGAUGGGAUUCUGGUUUAUGAUCCAUGCUGUCGAAUGUCGCUACAUGAUAUAUUAUCUCAUCCUUGGUUAGUCAUGGUUAAAUUACCGGAACAGACAAUGACAAGUGUGUUAAGUUUAGAAAAAAACUUUGAUGAUGUACGAACAUUAUUUAAAUCUGGAACAAUCACAUUGGAUAAACGACCCAGACUUCUUGGUGUUGUGCGACCACAGAAAAAAUCCACCCAAAGCCCUAUACCACCAUCACCUGUUCAAUUUUUGGUUUCACCACAAAACCAAAACUCAACUCGUAAAUCAGCAAUCCCUUCAGGCACAUGGAGCCCACUUUCUAGCACACCUGAGCCAGGUCACGCAAGAAAGAAAACACAAAAUAAAAACAAGUAUAAUUUGGCGAAACUGUUAAUUACCACGGACUUAGAGCGACCUGAAACCUCCUGCAAGUUACAUAAAAUUACACCUGCAGAAAUACUGCAGAAAGCGAUUACUUCGUACCAGACUCCUGGGUCUGGCGCAGUAAGUCGACCGAGGACUGAAGCUAGUGCUUCACGAGAAUAUGGAACGACGUCAGCAACACAAGAUGGUGGUGGAAAUAACUACGGAGACACAACUAGUGAGAGGAGUAUUAAAACUACACAAACUCUGUACAGAUGCAACAAACCUAGAGGUGCAACAAAACAGUCUUGUGAGAGUGCUGAGAUAGAUUUAAAACAAGGGCACUUACAAAAUACAAAAUACUUUAGUCACAAAGAUAAUUACAACUUUCCUCCAGUUUCUGAUCGAGAGGUAAGUUACAAUCAUAAGUCACGUGUAACUACGUCACAUCAACGAUCUUCAGCGUGGAGAAGCUCAAAUGUGUCGUGUUUCUCGCGGGAUAAAACAAAGAUAUCUACACAAUCUAGUGGAAAAGCAGGUCACGAGAAAUAUUGCAAGACUGGAAGUCAAAUUAAUGGUAGUUUAAGAAAAACUUACGCAACAGUGUCUCAUCCUAAACAAUUAAUGUCAAAACUUACUAUACGUGCUAUAAAAUAAGUUGUUUUUUUUUAAUUAGAGAAAUUAGAAUGUCUAUUUUGGUGUUAUCGAUAUUUUAUCUAUCUUAAUAUAAGUAGUUUUACUGAAAUAGCUCUACUAGUGUGAGUGAACGUCUCCCUUCACCAUCGUAGAAGGAAGAAAUGACGAUAUCUUGUUUCAGAUAUAUUUUGAAAUUUUAUGACGUGAAUAAAAACUUCACUAAAGCAC